UUCCGUUAUUUCCGUGCAGCGCCUUUCCCGGAGGGUCCGGAAUGCGGAGCUGAGGUGGGACAGUUUCCCCUUCCUGGCAGGUGACCCCUCGCCAUGUUCUCCAAGAAGAAGAAGCGGGUGGAGAUCUCGGCCCCGUCCAACUUCGAGCACCGGGUGCACACGGGGUACGACCCGUCGGAGCAGCGCUUCACGGGGCUGCCCCGCCAGUGGCAGGGGCUGCUCGAGGAGUCGGCCCGGCGCCCCAAGCCCCUCGUGGACCCCGCCUGCAUCACCGCCAUCCGCGCCCCCCAAAAGCCCAUCGUUCGCGGCUCCAAGGCCCCCCGGGAUGGGGCCCCCGGGGGCCGGGACGGGACCCUGGCGUGGCUCCUGGACGAGCUGGAGGCCGUGUCCGUGUCCCGCUCCAACUCCCUGCGCCGGGACAGCCCCCCCCGCCCCCCCCCGGCCCCCCCCCCCCCGGCGGACGGCCCGGCCCCCCCCCGGAAGGGCCCCCGGGGGGGGCCGGAGCCGGGCCCCCCCAAAGGUGCGGCCGAGCGGGACCCCCCGACCGCGCCCGGCCCCGGGGGGCUGCGGCGGGAGGAGAAGCGCCCCAAGUCCAGCUCGGCUGGCGAGGGGGCCCCCCGGCCCCCCCCCCGUGAGCAGCGCCCGCUCUCGGGGCCCGACCUGCGGCCCCCCGACAUUCCCGGCGUUCCCGGCGCUCCCGGAGCGGGGCCGAAGACGGCGCCGCAGCCCGGACGCCCCUUCCACACCUACCCCCGCGCCGACACCGACCCCGCCCGGGGCCCCCCCGCCCAGGCAGAGCACCGGCCGGGACGCCCGCAGGAGGUGACGCCCAACGGGCCGGUCCCCGCCGGUGGCCCCGGCGGUCCCGGCUCCUCCUCCCACGCCCCCGGCCCCCCGCGCCCCAAAGCCCCGGAGCCACCGCCGCCCCCCGGGCCGGACCCUCCGGCCGCGCGGCCCCCCGGCCCCCCGCCCGCCCCGGGGGGGCCCCAGCGCGUGUCCCACGAGCAGUUCCGGGCGGCGCUGCAGAUGGUGGUGGACCCCGGGGACCCCCGCACGUACCUGGACAACUUCAUCAAGAUCGGGGAGGGCUCCACGGGCAUCGUGUGCAUCGCCACCGUGCGCGGCUCCGGCAAGCUCGUGGCCGUCAAGAAGAUGGACCUGCGCAAGCAGCAGCGGCGGGAGCUGCUCUUCAACGAGGUGGUGAUCAUGCGGGACUACCAGCACGAGAACGUGGUGGAGAUGUACAACAGUUACCUGGUGGGCGACGAGCUCUGGGUGGUCAUGGAGUUCCUGGAGGGCGGCGCCUUGACCGACAUCGUCACCCACACCAGGAUGACGGAGGAGCAGAUUGCGGCCGUGUGCCUGUCGGUGCUGCGGGCGCUCGCCGUGCUCCACGCCCAGGGCGUCAUCCACCGCGACAUCAAGAGCGACUCCAUCCUCCUCACGCAUGACGGGCGGGUGAAACUCUCGGAUUUUGGGUUCUGCGCCCAAGUGAACAAGGAGGUGCCGCGGCGCAAGUCGCUGACCCCAGGGGGAGGCUGGUGA